GAGUGACCAACAUCAAUAUUCUUGUUGAAAUUUUCGGAUCAAUUUAGGUUUCUCGGAAACUGUCCACCUACCCCUCCCCUGAUCCAACAUUUUGCCCUAAGUGUUUUUAAGUUUUAAUGAUGACUUAGGGGAGGGGUACCUCAAAAGACAAAAAGGUUAUAAGAGAUAAUAAAAUGAUCACUAACAGGAAAAUGCUUUGAUCUCGUAUCAAAUUCUCUCAACUGUUUCUAUAAAAAAAUGUAUGGGGUUUUGUGUAGAGAAUUUGGGUGCGGAUAUUGGGGCUUAAAAGGCUGUUGUAUCAAAAACUACUGUGAGUUGGUAAUUUGCACCCACUUACAUGUUGUUUUAACUCUUGUGUUGUUGAAACAGAUUACAAGUUUCAAACCAGCAACUCCUUUGCCUUUGCUCCCGCUCCUCUUCACAAGCUGACCUGGGGUGCCGUGUUCGCAGGCAUGGGAUUAGGCUUUUCUCUUUCAUUGCUGUUCUUCAUGGAUCAGAACAUUUCAAGUGCUAUGGUCAACAAUCCUGGAAACAGGUGCUGUCUGCAUGCAUGGGGUCAAACCUUUAAACUGAUCAAAGGGUAAACCAAUUGGAUUUACUUGACUUGGGUGUGUCAAGCUUCAUGUGGAUAAUGCUCACAUGUAAAAAAUAGUUCCACUUAUAAUAGUAACAUUGCAAUAAAUCUAAUUUUGGCUUAUAAAAUUUAAGGGAAGAAAAUGCUAAACCACUGUAAAAUAAUAGUGAAAUUUAAUCAAAUUAAAAGCUAAUCUAAAAAGGUGUAUUUUGGAGCUGACUCCAAACAUAUGAUUGUAUCCUUAUUUCUAUUGUAAAUAAAUGUGUUCUGGAAAGUGGUCGCAGAGUUUUGAGGCACUACCAUGAAAUGCCCAGUCUCCUAAAGUAAGUUUGUACAUAUGUAAUUAUUAUUGCUGAUGCAGAAUCACAUCCCGUGAAUGGAUAGGACACUGACUGGCAUGAUCUAAUUAAAACUUAUCUCAACUCACCCUCCACUGCAAUACUCUGCCAUCCUUAGACUUUCCUUAAUUUUGGUUAGGUCAGCCUUAAAAUCUCUGAGAAGAUCAGGUCUCUCUGAGACUUAAAGGUCUCUCAAAUGAAUGCAAAUUUACAAGAUCUUUGAGCCAAGCUCCUACCAACAGCUGCUGCAGCAAUAUAAGUGCCGUAGUGCUUAACAGUAAAGUCUUAUAUUUGCAUGUUGAAAAUAAUCGCUAACAAGAUGGGUGAAAUAGAUUGUAAAAGGACGCCAAUCAACUCUAAAUACUCGCUCCUUUUAGGUUGAAGAAAGGCAGUGCAUAUCACUGGGAUUUAUUUGUGGUGGCAGUAGUGAACAGUUUUCUCUCACUAUUUGGCCUACCAUGGGUACACGCUGCCCUGCCCCACUCACCACUGCAUGUGAGAGCACUGGCUGAUGUUGAGGAGAGAGUUGAUAGAGGUCAUGUGUUUGAAAUGUAAGUGAGAGUAGAACUGAGUGGAGGUAGUUUAGGAAUAUUUGGGUAAGGAGGGAUAUGCCACUGGGACCCCGAAACCCUUAGCCUAUACAGUAUACCACACCUAGUUUGACUGAAUUUUGCUAUGUUAAACUAGACUAGGCUCCCAAAAUCUGUCCCUAGCCUAUAGUUGCUACUAUCAGCACUUCUAUCUCUAUGUAUGAUUAAAAAUCUGUAACUAUCCACAUUUAGCUUUUUGCUAGUCUUGUUGCUGUUGUCAUUGUAUUCUAUUCCUGUCAUAUAUAUCCUGUAAGUUUGCCCUCCAUUUUUUUUUCCAAAAAAAAAAAAAACUUCCUCAACUUUCUUUCAAAUUGCUAGGUUGCCAACAUUUCUUGUCCUACAAAGCAAGACGUUAUAAAAUUAGCAUUGGAAUUAUUAGUAGUUCGGUGACUCACAACCCUUGUUCAUUUAAAAGUAGUCACAGUCAUUAAACCACCCACACACUGUUACAUUAACACUUACCUGACCAAGGGUAAAAUAAUAUUGUGCCUAUGCAGAAACCUUAGUUGAUCCAUGAUUCCUACCAGUUUAACAUUCUGGUACUGAACUUACGUAUUUUCAGCAUUGUGAAAGUCAGAGAAACAAGAUUGUCUGGUUUAAUCUCCAAUUUACUGAUUGCACUUUCCCUGCUGAUGCUGCCAACACCACUCACUCUUAUUCCCACAAUGGUACUUGAUGGCUUGUUCCUGUUCAUGGCCAUAACAGCAUUGGAUGGCAACCAGAUGUUUGAGAGAACAUUGUUGUUGAUCACAGAACAGGUAAAAAGGCUGUCAACUCUCAAACUCUUUUCACUCCAGCCAGCAAUCUUAAAUAUACAGCUACUCAGUCAGUUCUUUGAGGAGCUUUCCACACUUGGUGUCCGAGAACGUGUGGCUGGGUACCCGCACAAAAUGGUGUUGUGUCCACACCUUGAGUACCUGAUAUGUAACCAUGUACAUAGUUACUCCAUUUCGCCCUGUCAGACGCCAUUUUGAAACACGAUUUUAGCAGCAAUUAGUACAAAGUAGUGGAUUUUCCCAGAACUAACAAAAAUGGUCUGCACACAGGGACCAGGUGCCUACUUUGUGCCUGAGUACAAGGUCUCAACCUUGUAUACUUGAGCACUGGCACCAUCCCCAAAUUCAAGCAUGAGUACUUGAAAAAAAGGGUGUGUUCACAUUAUUGCCCAGCGACUACCGUGUACGAGCUCCAAAUGUGAACGUUGCCUAAUAGGACACAUUUGCAAGACCAACACUUCCCUGAAUGAACAGUUGGAGUGUUGGUGCCUGCUUAAUUUUGCUGUCAUUUUCUUCAGCUUUUUAUUAUAAUGACAUACUGCUGGUUUCAACAGUGUCCACCUUCAAAACAGUUGAUUGUUUAAGGGUGCUACUGUGAACUAGGAAAUGGUUUUAAAAUAAGAAGUUAUUAUGAAUUCGUGGAUACUGGUACAUAGUGAUGUGACAGACAUUUGGUUUAGAAUACAGGUUAUGUAUCUACAUGACAGAUAAAAGAAUGGAUAAAGCUAGUUAGAAUAGUGAGCUGUUUAAGAAUUUUGGGGGUUGUAACAAGUUGAAUUCCCCUCUCAUGCCUGCAUUGUAUGGUGUCCAUGAGGUAUAGUAGUGAUUCAGCUUCGUUAUAACUAAUUAAAAGGUCUGUUUAAGUCCCUCUGCAAAACAGUGCCAAGAUCCUUGUUCUGGACUCCACCUGUGUACCAGGAUUUGAGUACAAUUAUUUAACCUAUGAUUGGCCUGUUAAAGAAGUCACUGUUGAUAUGCCAAUCAGGUUUAAGGGAAGAUCAAAAUUCUUUUUUGGUAUUUUAUUGAAUCAAUUGGGGGCCCAGAACUAGGAUAUUGGUGCUGCUUCACAGACAUUGCAAACUGGGCUUAGAUUACAUCUGCGAUGCAGGCUAAGAGAAUGUUGACCCUUUAAACCCUACGAUCAAAAUUUGAAUUCCCACUUGUUGCCCCUAUUCAUUUCCUACAGACGUGGUGGGAAGAAGUUGAUAAAAUAUCAGGCAAAUUUAUGUUGUGUGAUCGUGUCUGUAAUUCUCAUAACCACUUUGUUUUACAAAGCAUUGAUAUUACGAGGAGAAAUUUGAUGAUGAUCAUUCUUAGGGUUUAAAGGGUCAACAUUUGAAAAGUACAAGAACAGCCUUUACAGUUGUAAAUUAAAUUAAUUAAAUUACAACGAACUUGCCCUAAAAAUUCUUGCAGGCUGCUUACCCUCCAAACCACUACAUUCGUCAUGUCCCUCAGAGGAAGAUGCAUAUAUACACAGCUUUACAGUUCCUGCAGCUGGCCGUCCUGUGUGGAUUUGGCUUUGCUCCAUUGCCGUACCUCAAGAUGGUGUUCCCAGUUUUGCUUAUGUUUCUUUUGCCAAUCAGGUAAGAAUUAAAACACCUCCAAUACAAUGAUUGCCAAAUUGCCUUUUGAAAAGUUGAUGAGAUGGCCCAGUAGGUAUCAGGUGUUACUUACUGUCAGAUCUUGAAGAGACCUGUCUCUAUAGAGCUGUUUAUAGGAGUCAAAACUACCACAAUUUUUUUAUUAAACUUUUAAAUUUUUAAAAUGUGACUGAUAUAAGACAUGGAAUCAGCAUGUAUCAGUGAUGCAGUCAAGGCGGUGUGGCAUAUGUAAGACUAAGUAUACUUUUCAAUAUGUGGUCUAAUGGUCUAUUUAUUACCAUCUACAUAACAUCCGGCGUAUUAGAAAGUAUUUAUCAUAUGACAAUAGCAAGUCCAUUGUACAGGCUAUUAUAAUGUCACGAUUAGACUAUUGUAACGGUCUAUUAUAUGGUACGCCUGCUGUUCAUCUUGGUAAGCUGCAACGCCUGCAGAAUGCGGCAGCUCGGCUGGUAUGUACUGUAUCUAGGUAUGAUCCUAUCACACCAUCCCUGAUCAACCUGCACUGGCUUCCGGUUACCCACAGAAUAGAAUUCAAGAUAGCAAUGCUAGUUCACAAAUGUAUCUACGGCGUCGCACCACAAUAUCUUUUAGACUUGAUAAAAAUCGAAGAGAGCUCGCGGUAUCAGUUGAGAUCAUACCGGGGCAUACUCCUAAUGGACAAUACCCAUAGAACAAAAAAGACACUCGGGGAUAGGGCGUUUGAAAAUGCUGCGCCCAAAGUAUGGAACCGACUCCCUCUAGAAAUUAGACAAUCAAUCAAUCAUUGAAAAUUUUUAAAGUUUUACUAAAGACACAUCUUUUUAAAUUAGCUUUUUAUUAGUUCUUUUAUUAACUCAUAUUUUACUUGUAUUGUUUUCCGAACAUUGUAAAUUAUUAUUAUUAAUAUCAUUAUUUGGAUUAGCCAUUUAUUACUUUAAGAUUUUACUGUUGUAAUGCGCAUUCGAUCAUAUCUUUAUCGCAUGCUAGACUGUGCAAUAUAAGAAAUAAACAUUAUUAUUAUUAUUAAUGCACCUCCAGUAAUUGACUUUUGCUCGGGCUGUGGCCAGAUACAAAUUCCUUCCAACUGAAGGCAGUAUCAGAUAAGAAUAAUUUUUAAUAAUUAUUAAAUGGCCAAGUAAUUCUCUGAGACAAUCUUUUCACAAAAAGGCACAUGAGAAAGUUGAAAAUCCAAGAGUGAUGGGGGUGGGGGAAUUCUGGGAAUUCUUGAUUGGGCUGUGCCGCCUUGUUCUCCAAAUCCUCACCCUAUUUCAGACCCAAAAAUGUCAUUUUCCACACCUGUUUUCAGACCUGGCCUCUAAAAUCCAUACCUGGAGGUGGUUAACCUGUGCAGCUGGUGGUAUUGUAUGAUUAAAGUUUUGGCGGUGGAGUCGCAAUCCAAAAAAAAGAGUGGGGUUGAGGCGUUUGAAAUACUUGAAAUAUUUCUCGCAGCUUUGCCGCUCGUGGCAGCUCCGCUGCCAAAUCUCACUUGACUAGUACACAAUACCACCAGCUACGCAGGCUAGGAGGUGGUCACAAAAUGCAACACACAUGUUUACAUAGAUUAGAUAGAAAUUAUGUCUUGAUUACUGAGAUUAGAAUGCCAAGAAAAAGAUUUCUGAAAAUCCAUUCCAACUUUCUUUCGUAUUCAAUUGAAACUGAAAUGACGAGUACAUCCAUACACUACUGAGUUCCUUCAAAAACCAUACCCAAAUCUAGACCAAAAUGGGCAAAGUCUACACCUGUUUUCAGACCAAAACCGGGCAAAAACCAUGUACCCUUAUGGCUGGUAUAAGGAAGAAGCUCUGCCUCAGGGUUUACAGACUCUGAAAAGGGUAUUAUUUAUUUUUGCCACUUAAUUACUAAUGCAUUACAUCCAUAACACAAUCGAUUAGCAGGAGAUCUCUGCAAGCUCAGCUGAGCUUUUCUAGGGAGGUCCCUUUAAGUUAGGACUUGACUAACACUUGAAUUUAUUUAAAUUGCAGACAUCUUGUGGUCCCCAAACUGAUUUCAUCAAAGUAUCUGAAGGCUUUAGACGCCCACUUGUAA